CCCCCCCCUCUCUCUCUCUCUCUCUCUCUCUCUCUCUCUCUCUCUCUCUACCCCCGUGAGCCCAUUAACCCGGCCGAGAAAGAAGGGGGGACACGGUCUUGGGGACAGGAAAACACCUCAUCUGACUCUCCCUACACCGUUCUGCCCCCACAAUCUUCUUCUUCCUUUUCUUUUCCUUCUUGUCUAAAACCACCAAAUGAAGUUAGAUUCUUAAAGAAAAAGGAAGCUGGAAACAACUCUCCUCUGUUCCUCGUCCCUCUCCUGGCCUCCCACUGCCCCUGCUCGUAUCUUUCUCUCCACACCGCUUAGCAUUUAAGCUUUCCUGGAUUCUCUUAUCUUUCUCUUCUAACACCCUUUAACCCAUUCCGAGAUCUAAGACCAUGGGAUGAUGGCCACAUUUGGCUUUGUGAGCUAGAGGUCGAGUACUGUAAACCAUUUUCCUUCUUUUGUUCCACAAAUACGUGGACUUUUAUGGAAAUUUGAGGCCAUAUUCAGUGGAUUUAGUAGCGAGGGCUCUUCCCUAUUCUCUUCCCUUCUCUUGGUUCCCUAAUCCUCACUUUUCUUCUCUGGUCUCGGUGGAGAGAGAAAAAUCUCAGCUUUUUGGGUUCUGGAUUCUUGAUUCAACGCUGCUUAGCUUUUAAGCUAAAGUAGUCGUCUUAAAAGCAUCUCUGGCUUCUUCCCUUUUGGACCUUUUCAUAUUUUCUAAUCCAUUUCUAGCUCAAGACGCAUGGUAGCCAUAUUUGGUCUUUUAAGCUAGAUAUUGAGUAGUAGGAACCAUUCUCCACAAUUUUAUGGGGUUGGAGGCCAGUUUCAGUUGAUUAAGCGAGAACACUGUCUACACUCUUCCUUUCUUUGCAUUGGUGUGGGGAGGGGGGAGAUGGGGUGCGUUCACUCAAGGGUGGAGAAGGAUGAGGCAGCGCAGAGAUGCAGGGAGAGGAAGAGGCUCAUGAAACUGCUGCUGAGCCGCAGGGCGGAUCUCGCUGCUGCCCACAUGUCAUAUCUCCAGUCCCUGAGGAACACCGGCGCCACCCUUCGGCAGUUCACAGAGGUGGAGUCCAUGGUCCCUGUGAAUGCCCUGCCCAGCCUCACGUUGCCCCCCUCGCCGCCCCCCCCACCCCCUCUGCCCCCUUCCCCUCCACCCCCUCCCCACUUUAGCUCAAUUACGAAGGAGGGGGAGGAGGAGGGUACCGAAGAGGACUCAAUUGAUAUAGAUGACAAUGGCAGCUGCCCGGCGCCGCCACCUCUGGUCCACAGCUCGGCAUGGGACUUCUGGGACCCAUUCGGUCUGCCAACCUGCUCAAAUUCGCCUUCUCCAGUUCUUCAAAGAAAGGAUGGAAGAGAGGUGGUGCAGACUGCCGUGGAAGAAGAGGAUUGGGCGGAGACAAACACGGAGUUUGGGGAUGAUGCAGAGGAGGAGGAGAAGGUGGAGGGGAAGGAGAAUGCUUUAGUGGUUGGUCAGAAUGUGGUGCUGAAUCCCAUCAAGGAGAACUCUCCAGUCAGAGAAUUCACAGAUGAUAACUCGUCUGCAGUGAGUUGGUACACCAAGGACACUGACAUGGCAUUGGUGGUGUGGAGGAGCAAGAAGACGUUGGCGGGGAUUGUGAAGGAGCUGGAUGAUUAUUUCUUGAAAGCAGCGGCAGGUGGGAGGGAUGUGGCAGUUCUUCUGGAGCCCAACCACGGCCAGCGUCAUCCCUGUGACUUUGAAGGGAAAAAGGGGAAGAGUUUAAAGUCUGCCAAGGUCUUCAAUGCAUUGUCUUGGAGCUGGUCUUCCAGACCCCCACAGUCUAACAGAGGUGCUUAUGUUCAAGAAGCAAGCGAUGCUUGUAGGCCUCAAAACCAUUGCAUGACACUUGAAAAGCUUUAUGCUGAGGAACAGAAGCUCUACAAGGCAGUUAAGGAGGAUGAGAUUGCUAAAUUCCUGCACAAAAAGAAAACUCUGUUACUGCACAAGCUUGAAGAUGGAGAUCAUGACUGGUUGAAGACUGAGAAAACUCGAUCGAACAUUGAGGAACUGCAAUGUCGAAUCAUUUCUUUGCAGGAGUCAAUUAAUGGGACAUGUAUGUCCAUUUCCAAGCUUAGAGAUGAAGAGUUGCAUCCUCAGUUGGUCGAAUUAUCUUCGGGGCUGGUGCAGAUGUGGAGAAUGAUGUAUGAGUGCCAUCAAGUUCAGAACCAUGUUGCUCAGCAGGUCAAUCUUUUAGACCACCAUCCUGGCACUGAACCAACAACUGAUUCCCAUCGCCAUGCCACAGCCCAGCUAGAAACUGAGGUCACUUCCUGGUACAGUUCCUUCUGUAACCUCCUUAAAUCUCAGCGCGAGUAUAUAAGCAUUAUCAACCAAUGGGUCAGACUCACUGACUGCCUUCCGGAUAGUAAUGGUAUAAUUGGUUCUGCAUCUGGCAUCCAUGGCCUUUGUGAAGAACUUCAGUGUGCCUUUGACAGACUACCUGACAAGGUAGCAGCUGAGGCAAUUAAGAGCUUUGUAUCGGUUGUCCACUCCAUUGUCCUGCAGCAGAAUGAAGAGUGCAACCUGCAGAAGAAAUCUGUCCGCCUUGAGAGCAGGUUGGAGAAAGAAUUGAAUUCACUUUGGGAGUCGGAGAAGCACAAUGAGCAUACAAUUGAAAAUCCAGUUCAAGUUACAGAUUCGGAUCACCACCCGUUGUCGACAAAGCAUGGAAAACUGGAAGCUUUCAAGAAGAGGGUGGAGGAAGAAAAAGCCAAGUAUAUGAACUCUGUUCGCAUGAGCAGAGCCAUGACCCUGAACAAUCUACAAACAAGCCUCCCAAAUGUUUUUCAAGCUUUGAUGGGGUUCUCCAGUGUAUGCGUGCAGGCUUUUGAGGGCAUUAACCGAUCCAGUGAAUCUGCGACGAGCCACUCAGAGAACAUUUAACCUUUAUGCCCAUAAACCUCAUAGUCUAAUGUGAUGGUGGCUCUUGAAGCCAGUUGAUCUGUACUGGAGAAAAAAGGUGGUUGUGUAUUGUGAGGUGCCACACUUACAGGUGUAGAUGCACUCUAUGAUGACUUCAGCUCGUUGUUUUUGAGACAAACCAUUCGUUGCAUUUUGAGAGAUGAAGCCUUUGAAAGAUACAAGCUGUUGAAGGAAUUAGAAAAUCAUGGGGAAAAAGAGUAGAUAUGGGCAUGUUUUCUUUUUUGAUUCAUUCAAGAUGAAUAUAUGGAAGGGGUUUCAGUUAUGCUUUAUAAUUUCUUGCUGCUUGAAAUCACUUAGUAUCUUGUCCUUGCACAAUGCUGUUUAAUUUCGUUUUCUGUGCAUAAAUACCCUUUGCAUAGAGACCCUUAGAAACACCUGCUCGCAUGUCAUCUGAAAACUGAAAAAUGCCAUGUACACUGACCUACAAUUUUAAAACCUGAUUGUGUACAAUCAUUGCUAGUGCCUCUUUUGUUCA